GGUCUCUCCUCCUCUGUGCCACGUCAGUUUCAUGUGGUGAAAGAGGUAAAGACCUGGGCAGAGGCUCAGCAGUACUGCAGAGAGAAGUUCACUGAUCUGGCUACCAUAGACGACAAGGCAGAGAUGGAGAAAUUAACUAGAAUAAUCCAGGAAGAAGGUGUUGCACCUGUUUGGAUUGGGAUGAACUAUGGUUUUAGUCCUAAGUGGCAGUGGUCUCUGGCUGACAGGGAUUUCUAUGGGGAGAAUGAGGCUGGGUUCAGGAAGUGGGAUAAGCCAUAUCAGCCAGAUGGAAGACCUGGUGAAGACUGUGUGAUGAUUGGUGAUUGGGGCUGGUGGUAUGACUACUACUGUGACCGCAAAUAUCCUUUCAUCUGCCAUGAUGUUGGAAACCCUAUACACCCCUAUGUGCUGAUUGACGAUGGGAUGAACUGGAGAGAUGCUCAAAGAUACUGCAGAAAGGAAUACACAGACCUCGCCAGUGUGAGGAACCAGGCAGAGAAUGACCAGAUAGACAACGUUUUACCACCAGGAAAGUAUUAUGCCUGGAUCGGCCUGUUCAAUGACACCUGGGAGUGGUCAGAUGGCAGCAGCUCUUCCUUUCGCCACUGGAGCUCUGGGGAACCCAACAACCUGUUUCUGGUCCCUGAGAACAAGACCUGGAUGGAGGCUCUGCAGUACUGCAGAGAGCACCAUGUGGACCUGGUGUCUGUGUCUACUGUGCACAUCCAGCGCUGGGUGGAGGGGUGGGCCAAAGCAGCCUCAUCUCCCCAUGUGUGGCUGGGCCUGCGCUACGAAUGCAGUUUUGGCUUCUGGUUCUGGGUCAAUGGAGACGCAGUCUGCUACUGCAACUGGGCCCCAAACUCAGAAUCAGAGCAUUGCUGUGAAACAAGAGGGGGAGCAGUGGGAAGACAUGGGGGCAAGUGGCUCAGUCUGGAAGAGAAUGAAAAACUCAACUUCAUCUGCACCACAAAAGGUCUGGCUUAG